GUUCUGGGUCCGGAAGUAGCUGCACCUCUCGCUGAGUGUUUCCCAGUACUGGAACCGUUAGCGUGUCCGGGUGGGUAUCUGAAGCUGACCAGCACCUCCAGAAUGACACGUGGGAGCUAACAGUUUAAAAAUUGUUCAAAACAGACCGAUUACAGAAUAUUUUUUACAAAAUAAAACACCUGCACGCCACCACGGAACGCAGAUUUUCGUUACUGGGGAGAAUUCCUCUAAGCUUCUCCCCUCCAGCGUCCUGUGCCUUUGCAUCCCUGACCUUCUCGCACAGCUGGAACCUAGGCUCUGGGUGAGGCGCGGCUGCGCGAAGUGCGCCGUCGCCAUGGUAACCGCGGAAACCUGGGCCCUGGGAGAGUGCUUGGUAUUGCUGGAGUGAAUGGAGCCAGAAGGCGCUCCAGAAUCAGAGGGUUCAGAAAAGUCAGUAUUUUCCUCCCAGCAAGACUAUGAAGAAUUCCAAGAAGCAGAUGAAACAGGCUCAGAGAACCCCCUCUUGCAGCCGGCUCUUGCGGGGGAUGUAGAAGGUUUGCAGAAGAUUUUCGAGGAUCCCGAACACCCUCACCAUGAGCACGCUGUGCAACUGCUUCUGGAAGAAGACAUUGUUGGGAGAAACCUGCUGUAUGCAGCUUGCAUGGCUGGGAAAAGUGAUGUAAUUAGAGCCUUGGCAAAGUAUGGGGUGAAUCUGAACGAAAAAACCGCCAGAGGGUACACUCUCUUACACUGCGCUGCAGCCUGGGGCCGCCUGGAAACUUUGAAGGCCCUGGUGGAACUGGACAUCGAUAUAGACGCUUUGAACUUCCGGGGAGAGAAAGCUCGAGACGUGGCUGCUCGCUAUUCUCAGACUGAGUGUGUUCAUUUUCUGGACUGGGCAGAUGCAAGGCUGGUUCUGAAAAAGUUUAUCACAAAGUCCUCUCUCAUCAUUACUGACCCAGAAAAGGGACCAGGGAAACUCCUCAAGGAAGACAAGAACACUAUCCUCAAUGCAUGCCGUAUGAAGAAUGAGUGGUUGGAAACCCAUCCAGAAGCUUCUAUCAGUGAGCUUUAUGAGCAGAAACAGCAACUAGAGGAGAUUGUGGCUCCCAUCCUUACAAAAAUGUCUACACCACGGCAAGUGAAAAGCGCCAAAUCGAUAACCUAAGCGAUGAUCAGCAAAGAAGUCAAGAUUGCGCCUUCUACAGACCCCACGCGGUGUAGUUGGCUGUGUUAAUUCCCAGUGUUAGAUAAGACAAAACUGUUCCUGCCAGCCGAAUUCAAGAAAUAGACUCAGGUCUUGCAGAAAUGUUUGGGUACAAAUUCAGUCAUCCUGACCUUGUGUCAGGCUGUUCAGAACACUCACACCUGGCUCAGGGGCUGGGCCUCUGUUCCCCAAACACAUCUCCUCACGAGUCCUCCAAGCAUGGCUCCUCAUGAGUUUCCGUGUUCCUUCAGAAGAGCUGAGCAAGGAUUUAAAAACCACACGGAGAAGCUAAUAAUUUUCUGUGUAACUGAGGCAAGAGAUUUCCACUAGACUAGGGAAAUCCAUUUUUAAAAAGAUGCACUAGGCCAUUUCUAAAGGAAAAGCAUUUGUUCUUUCUCUCUCAAAAUACCAGGAACUGUUUGGGCAGGGUCCUCUAGUGUUGGCUGUUACUUUUUAUGUCUGAAUUAAAAUUCACCUGGAAGGUGGAAACAGUUUCUGAGAGAAGCCCACUGUUACCUUUAAUAUCCCUAAUGAACGCAAAUCUGCCUAGCUUCCCCUCUCCAGGAGGUUUGGUAAUACAGGUAUUGUAAUUGGCGCCAUGCCACUUCCUGCCAUUCUCUUUCAUAUUGCCCAGGUUUUAAAAGUCAUGGUUACUCAAAAGUUUUUUGGAAAGCCUUUUUCUAGUCAAGUUAAGCACGACCCUGAACUUCCUAUUCCUUUAUGACUC